AUGGAACACGAGCAGGUAAGAUCAAUUCUUACUUGGAAUUCUUACUUAGAACUUUAAGCUCUUAGUAACAUCUUUUCUAGGUCAGCCAGAGCAGCAAAAUGCACUAUUAGACACUCUGCACCCGCAGUAACGGGACAAUGUACCAAUAAUACAUCUGUAACUCCCAGAGUAGCUGGAAGCCUUCUUUGUAAAAUAUGAAUUUACUGUAUGUAGCACAUGUUCAUCGUAUACAUUAUACAGGUUUAACACUGCAUCCACAUAAUCCGCUUAAUAAAGUAAUAAUAACUUCAGAAAAUGGUAGUUGUACAGCAUUACAUAAAAUAUAGUUUCACACACACACAGACACGUUGCACUUUUCAGGUUUUGCUAUAUUUUAUCUCUAUUCCACCCAUUUCACUCGUUAUAAGUAAGAAUUAAAAAAACAAUAAAGUGUGUUUUAAGGUUAAAUAGUGUAUAAAUAAUUUGUAUACUAGACUCUGAAAGUAUUGAAUUUAUGGAAAUGUUAUAUCCACGCUAGUAUUUUAGCGUAUAUAUAUAUAUAUAUAUAUAUACAUACAUACACACAUACACAUACACACACACACACACCAUGAAAAACACCAUGGCCAAUUUCCAAUAGGGUUUUAAUAUAUGCUAUUAAAGACCUGAACAGGGUUAUUUACUAAAGUGAAAUUCAAAUUUAAGGUCAGAGAGUAGUCAAAUCAAAAAUUUUGGUGACUUGGUGAUUUUUUUCUAUUUUUACUUUUUUGACCUUAAAUUGGAAAUUCACUUUGAAUUCAUUGUGAAUUUGUAAAUUCUCACUUUAGUGAAUAACUCUAAAGUAAGAAUUAAAUGGAAUGUAAUGGGCAAAAUGAAGAAGUUCUCCAAGUCAGCCACAAUGGCCUUAAAUUUUAAGUUCACUUUGAAUUCCUGUCAAAUCACAACAAUUCUUAUUUUAGUGAAUAACUCUGCUAGAGACAGACCUGAUGCCUGCACCUUAAUGGUUAAACCUAGUACUGACCAUGUUUGCUGACCCUAGACCUCAUAGAAACCUGAGCCUAGCCCUAGCCACCACAAACAGUAAAGCACUGAAUGUAGCAGUAACCCUGCUUUCAAUAUGUAAAACCAUUCAUAUACGAUGCAUAUUAAUGUAAAAUAACAUUUUAAAUUACAAAAAGUACCACUACUACGUGUUUCUUUCCCACAGAAGUCAGAGUUUUUUUUUAAUACAAUAAUCAGUGCCAUUAAAGGCACUCAGUCAGUUCCAAGGAGUUGGAAACUAUGUCAGCUUGGACUCUCGAGAACCACAACUAAAAAUUAAUAAAAUCGGUACUGCAUUCCAACUCUCAAUGCAAUAACGUAGUCAGAGAAAAUUGAACAGCUACCUGUUAGAUUUUGGUUGAAUAAAUUAUUUCACGAGAGUUUGGAUGAAAUCUGUUUUAUUAUUUUUUCAACAAACACAUUAAUGCCAUCAUUAUAAUUAUAGUAAUUAUUUUGUGAUAUUCUGUAAAAUAUUAUUUUGAUAUCCUAAUAAAUGGAGGGAAAACAAGCAAAUCUGUGGUGUCAACACUAAACACAAAAUAGGCGUGGUAAUUCACUAAAGUGUGACUUAUCAGGGAUUGAAAAUUUAUUUCACAUUUAAAGCUAAUAAUGGCCAAAUCGAGAACUUGGCUGACUAAGUAACUGUUUUUAAAUCUGCUGCUUUAUCCUAAAAUGUGAAAUUCACACAGAAUUUCAGUUUGCUCCAAUUUUAUAGUCCAAUCUAAAUUUAGAAAUUUAGCAUCUAAUUAUGUAUUUAACCCCUUAAGGACCAAACUUCUGGAAUAAGAGGGAAUCAUGACAUGUCUUUGAGUCAUUACUUUGAGUCCUGUUUUACCUUAUCCUAAUUACCUGUAUUGAAGGUUUUGUACAUUGCAGGAAAAUAAAUAUACAUGGGCAUAUUUUCUAUUAAACACCGCAAUAAUAUCUCUUGCAACUGAAUAGAAGUAUUCUAAUAGAUAUUAACCCCUUAAGGACCAAACUUCAGGAAUAAAAGGGAAUCAUGACAUGUCAUGUGUCCUUAAGGGGUUAAAGAGAAAACCUUUAAGUUAGUCUCAUAAGUGGUUUACACAAAACACUGAAAUUGAAUUGAAAAUCGAUAUGCAUUAUAUUACUUCAUUUUAUUCUCCAUGUGUCUUAGGCAAUUUAAAUUGGGAAUGUUGAUAAUUUAUACAUUACUAACCCAUAUAUUAAUGAUCAACACUUUUAUUUUAUGAUUUGCAGAAUUGAGAUCUGAAUGGCAAAAUAGAUGAUUUGUAAAAAUCUGCACAUUUGUGCUAUUUUAGCCAUAGUUUUGCAAGUCUUCUUUAAAUUAACUAAAUUUUUUUGUUUAGUGAAGCAACUAGUGUUGCUGGCACAGGGCUGUGUAGAAAUAAUACUGAUCAAUAAAAGCAUAUUAAUAAAUCUAAACCAGAUUGACUACCUUAUUGAUACAGUUUGAAUGUAAAUUUUAGUGAGGAAACCCUUUGGGUGCAUUUAUACUUUUUGACAAAGGAGGCUGCCAUUCAUAUUAACUUUUCAAACUUGGAGACUGUCUCAAUUCUUGGCAUUUAAAUUUACUACUGUUAAAAGUUUUUAUGAUCAGUAACCAUUAAUACAAAAUUUGGGGAGCAAGAACCAUUGACUAUUCUGUCAUACAGAGGCAUACAGAGAGAUAUUAAACAACAAUAUCGAAAACAGACAAAAAAAAAAAUAUUUUGGCACAGUGCUGUUUUAUCAUUAUUUUAAUUGUGAAGUGCAAAUAUAUAUUCCAUAUAUGGAAAUACGGCAUACAUAGAGGAGAGGUUAGCCUAUGAGGAUGCAGGGACAACACAAAAAAUAUAGAAGGAACAUAUCUUUCAUAUCAUAAUCCUAAAAUCCCUGAAGCAUGUAGGUCUCAGAAUUUCCACUCACUCACUAGCUGAUGGUGAGUGAAAACUCAGCCCUGGUGAGCAGAAAUUCAUGUACAGCAGGAUUACAGUGGUGAGUAAGCCUGUCUAGUAGCAUAGGACUUGAAAUGUUGAGCCCUGAAACGUCAUCAGAAAGCAAUGUUGUUUUGGAUGAAUGGUCCCUGGCAGAAUUCCUUUUUAUUUUCGGGCUCAGAAAUGUGUGUAUGUGUGUGUGUGUAUAUAUUUAUGUAUAUUAUAAAACAUGCUUAUCCAGAAUGCUUUAAAUACACAUUAAUAACAUGUUUUUUUUAUUGUGUUUCUCUUUGUUAAAAGGUCUGGAUAAAUGGUGUAAACACUGAAAAUAAACUUGCUGUACUAAAAUGGGCAAAAGAGACCAAAAUAAAUCUGGUCCAGGUAAAUGGUCAAAGGAAAUAUGGCGGACCCCCUCCAGGUACAACUUUUUAUUUCCUGCUUUCUUUUUGCAUGUGGCAGAAAUUACUGCAAGGUUGUUGCAUUGCAGCAUGGUGAUAUAUAUAUAUAUUUUUUUUUUAAUGCUGAAAAAAAUAUAUAGCUAGAGCAAUAGUUAAAGAGAUACUAUAGUCACCAGAACAACUACAGCUCAUUGUCCUUGCAGACAUUUCCAUGCAAACACUUGUCUCUUCAGAAAAAAGGCAGUGUUUACAGGGACACCUCCAGUGGCCACUCGAGGUGCUUCCUGGGUCAGUGCUGCACAGUGCUCCACUCUCUGCAUGGAGACGCUGAACUUACCCUCAUAGAGAUGCACUUAUUCAAUGCAUCCCUAUGAGGAGAUGCUGAUUGACCUGGCUGGCAUUUGGCCCUCGACCUUGGCGAUCUCAGCCAAUGUAAUCUUUUCCCAUAUGGCGAGAUCAUGAAUUCUGAUGAUGUCUGCCAAAGAGGUGGAUCAGGGGCAGGGCCAUCUUCGGCAAAUCCAUGCGUGCUGGGGGAAAAAAAGGUAAGUUUUAAUCCUUUCUAAGGGGGUGCAAGCCAUCUAAAUGGCGGUUUUAACACUAUAGGGUCAGGAAUUUGUUUGUGUUUCUUGACCCUAUAAUGUUCCUUUAAGGAAUAAAAUACAAGCACUUAAACCACUAAAAAUGAAUUGGACAUAUGUUGCAGGGUCAUUCCAAGCACUAUACUAUAUGGUUUACUGUAGUGGUUUUUGCACUAGAAAGCUAUUAGUAUAGUCCCUCUGGGGGGUGCUGUUUUUUGGUUUCAUAAUUUUUUUCACAAAGUGGGCAACUACACCUAUAUUUUCUUGGUACCUUUUAAUGAGCUUUAGUUGCUAUGGGGUUUGGCAUGUACAUUCAUAUAUUAAUGAGUAACUGUAAAAGAAUUAUACAUUUUCCAAGAAGCUCAGCCUUCCAAUUUCAGCAUCUAAUGACUGACUGAGUAUGGCGGGAAAUGCAUGGGCGUAGGUAGCACACAAAUCUGAGUGAGGAAUAGCAGUUUACUAAGAAAAUGUAUUGCCCCUCUUACUAAGAAAACCUACAUAAAGUAGUAUGGUUUUGUUCAAGCAAAAAUACAAAUAAUGCUAUAUACCAUGCCCUGGUAAUAUAGAGUUUAUUCACUCAUCAGUGAAUUGUGGUAAGUUUAAAAAGGAAUUUCAAAAUUAAGACCAAAAUAGCUGAUUUUGAGAAAUCAGUCAAUUCUGCUGUUUUAAACCUAAAAAUGUGCAAUUACCUUGUCAAUAUUCCACAUUUUAUGAAUAAACAGAUGUGGGUUGAAUCAGUAUCAGGGUUAAUUACUAAAAUUAAAAUUGUCAAUAAUUUCAAUUUUAAGGCCAAGCAAUGCUCCCAGCUCGACUACUUAGGGCUACAAUUUGAAAUUCACAGUGUACUAACUUUAAAUGAUAUUUUAAUUAAACGCCCUGUAUGUGUUAUGCAGAACUGUGUUUGCAUAGUGUUGCAGAGCUUGUGUAUGUAUCUGUUUCAUUUUGUGUGCAAAACUAAAUGUUUUAAGUGUAGAGACUUUUUUUUUUCCCUAUUCCUUCCCAGUACUGUCUCUCCCCAUUUCCUAUCUCUCUGCUUAACUCUCCCACUUGUCUGAUUCCGCCAUUCCUACCAUCUUUGUUCAACAACCCCUCCACUCAUUGGUUCUUCACAUGAAUCCUUUCCCAACAACACCACUAAGUGUCUUUCUUCCAUUUCUCAUCCUUCUCUAGUCUCUAUCCCAUUGCUCUCUCACAUAUUUCUCCUUAAUAUUUUUUUCCCAUUUAUGACCUCACUGGUCUCUCCCCUAUUACUACUCCUAAUCUGUCUAAUCCCCAUUUCUUCCCUAAUCUGUCUCACCUCUAUUUAGCUUCCCUCAUAAAAUUCCAUUCUCACUGCAUUUAUCUCUAGGAAUUUAUCCCUUCAUCCUUUUUGCAACAUCCCACAUUUAUGUCUUCAUUUCCUCUGUAAUAGUCUUUUCCACAUUCCCACCUUACAUAUUUCUUGCCUGUUUCUCCCACUAACAUAUUCCUCCCUAAUAUCGGAAUCUUUAGUCUAUCAUUGCCUCUGGUCUUCCCAUUUCCCCACACCCAUGGAGAAAUAUUUUCCACAAACAUUCCAUUUUAAAGAUUUUUAGGCUUUAAAUAACAGUUUAAAUAUAUGAAUAAGAAAGCCAGAUAUAUUAUACGAAAAACUUCAUAUAGCAUAAAAUCUUUGACUGGUUAUAUACAUUUUUCUUCACAUAGACUGGGUCGGUGAAGCUCCAGGUAUUGGCUCUGAAGUUUACAUCGGGAAAAUACCACAGAAUAUGUAUGAAAAUAAACUGAUACCCCUUUUCCAGACAGUCGGCAAAUUGUAUGAAUUUCGUCUAAUGAUGACAUUUAGCGGCCUAAAUCGGGGGUUUGCCUAUGCCCGCUAUGCAAGUAGACGCAGAGCACAUGCUGCCAUUGCAACAUUAAAUGGAUUUGAGAUUGUCUGCGGACACAGAAUAAUUGUGAGCAGAAGCACAGAAAAAUGUGAGCUGCUGCUGUCCAGGAUCCCACAUUUUCUGGAGCCAACUUUAUUAAAGAAAAAGCUGCAGGAAAUCACAUUUGGUGUGGAAGGUGUCUUACUGUACGAAAACCCUGUAAAUCCUAAUGAAAAGAUGGCCAUAGUGAAGUACAGAACCCACAGAGCAGCCGCCAUGGCAAAAAAAAAAUUACGUCAAGGUAUAAUGAAAUGUUCAAUGCUUAAAGGGUACCUGUCAUGGCAUGUUACUCUUACCAUUAAUUAAUUCCUUUUCAGAUUUCAUCUACACAUUGUGCUAGCUAAUAUAUAGAUCUCUGUUAGUCACUUCACCUCCUCUUCCCCUUCUGGCAGACAGACUGUUGGCAUAGACUCUGUACCGAUGUCUGUCUGUCUGCCUGAUUACAGGCCUACAGGAAGUAUGAAGGAUGUUCUUGUGGCCAGCGUCUGUAUCGGCAGCACGUGUACGCCCUUCUUCCAUCACCAAAGCCGCUGCUUCAACUAGAAAAAAGUAAUGUCUGGUGUCACUUCGUUCAAUAGGCUGAUUUGCUGGCAAUGAGACCUUCACAUCAGCAUUAUCAGGUGGGCUAGGCCAGGUGUGGGGAAGGCUCCACAAAGAGAGGCAGGAAAAAAAAAGGCUUCUGGUCCACAGAGGUAUGCUAAUGGUGCUAGAAUCAUUAAUAAGAAGGUGAGUAUCCUGAAAACUCAGUUCCAUUGAAGGACAUUGAAAAAAAACUACAUUUUCAGUAAGUAUACAGCUAAAAUAUAAACUUUAACCCCCUUAAGGACCAAACUUCUGGAAUAAAAGGGAAUCAUGACAUGUCACACAUGUCAUGUGUCCUUAAGGGGUUAAAGGACCACUAUAGUGACCCAGACCACUUCAGCUCAAUGGGUGCCAGGUCCCCCAGGUUUUAACCCUUCAUAUGUAAACAUAGAAGUUUCAGAGAAACUGCUAUGUUUACAUUGCAGGGCUAAUCUAUGUUUACAUUGCAGGGUUAAUCUAUGUUUACAUUGGAGGGUUAAUCCAGCCUCUAGUGGCUGUCUUCGCAUUCAGUGUGUAGAACGUCCAUAGGAAAGCAUUGAGAAAUACAGAGUAGGCACCUGCUUUCCCCACAGUGUUCAGUGUUCCUGCUCCCUCGCAUGCGCCGUCAUAUUCCGGGGCCCGGCAGUGAGGAGCAGGAAGGAGAUCUCCCGACAGAAGGAAUAAUUACAAUAAUGUUAUUGUGUCUGUCUGUCUGUGUUUCAGUGAGUGUGUGUGUCUGUCAGUGAGUGUGUGUGUGUGUUGCAAUGGCCGCGGCUGGACAGUUGAGGACCUGGAGGUGCAUGGAGGCAUGCAACGCCACGUCACAUUCCAACGUGACAUCGACGGGCUCCACCUUUACAGGGUGUUAAGAAGUAGCAGGAGGAUCCGCUUUGGCACAUGGUGCGGACGGUGCCAUUUGGGGUAUACCAGAGGCCGGACUCUGGAGUCACAUAAUGGCAGCGGCAAUGUGAGUGGAGUCUGCUUGUUGGCUAGUGGGGUUGGGAAGCUGGGAUUUAGUAUAUGGGGGGUGCUGUGGUUUAGUAGCGGGGGAUGCUAGGGUUUUUUUUAUACUGUACUUUUCAAAAUAAACCUAAGUUUCUAUGAAAAUGGAAGUUUUUUUUUUGUUUUUUUUGCGGCCCACAUAAACUUAAACCUUGUUUAUUUGGCCCUUGCUAGACUUUUAGUUUGACAUGCUUGACCUACUGUGUCACAUUCCAAUAUCUGUAAACUGAAAGUAAUUUAAUUGUAACAACUCAAUCCAUCUACAGCAAAAGUAACAAAUGUCUUUGUAACCAUUUGCCAACAAAAUAGCAAAGGGGCCUGGUAAAGGGCAAUUCCAGACAGAGGUGACCUGUUUUUCUUGUAAGACAUUUAUUAUAAAAUGCAAAAAAAAAAAAUUAUUCCUAUUUUGAGUUAAUCUAUUUGCUGUAAACUUAAAAUUUGUACCUUCUGCUGUGAACCCCCAAGUACAAAGUGAUUGCAAAUGUUCAUGCAAUCAUUGCCUCCCCAUUGAGUUCAUUGGGAGUGCUGGGCAUAUCCCAUAAAUGUUCACCUGUUAAAUUAAAAUAAUGUAUUUCUGCAUGGUGAGAAUCUAUGAACCCUCCCACAUUAUCUUAUCUUCUGGAUGCUGAGUGUUUAGUAUUAAAAUCAGUGACUUGUUUCCUGAUUUAAAGGGAUGCUAUAGUCACCAGAACAACUACAGCUUAUUGAAUUUGUUCUGGUGAGUAGAAUCAUUAAAUUACAGCCUAGGGAUAACUUCACUGGCCACUCCUCAGAUAGCUGUUAGAGAUCCUUCCUGGGUCAUGGCUGCCUAAAAUGCAUCCAAACAUUCAGUAUCUCCUCCCUCUGCAUGCAGACACUGAACUUUCCUCAUAGAGAUUCAUUGAUUCAAUUCAUCUCUAUGAGGAGAUGCUGAUUAGCCAGGGCAGUGUUUGAAUCGUGCUGGCUCUGCCCCUGAUCUGCCUCUUUGUCAGUCUCAGCCAAUCCUAUGGGGAAGCAUUGUGAUUGGAUCAGGCUACCACUUCUGAUGAUGUCAGCAGACUGCUUGUUUUUCUGAGUCUAAUAGCAUGCAGAGUUACAGCUUCAGGCUUGAAUACAGUAAGAUUUUUACAAUAUUUAUGGAGGCAUGAGGGGGCCAGAUGGUGGUUUUAACUCUAUAGGGUCAGGAAUACAUGUUUGUGUUCCUGACCCUAUAGUGAUCCUUUAAUGUUUGUUUGAAACCUGCACUCCUAAUGCUAUAAUGCUCUCCUACCUAAUAAGGUCUCUACAAAAUAAAGCCAAUUCACUUACAUUUUCUCUUUCGCAGCAUCGGUGCCAUCCCGGGUCCAAGGCUGAGAUGGACAAUGAUCUCAGCCAAUACAAUGCAUUUCCAUAGAAAAUCGUUGGGAGGCUAGUGCGUAUACGUAGCAGUAUGCAAAACUGCGCAAAUCAGAUGAUUUCUAUGAGACCAUCUGAUUGAAAUAGCAGAGUUGGACUCCACUACUUGGACAGAAGUGCCCCUAGUGGCUGUCAGAGUGACAGGCACUAAAGGCAUUUAAGUUUAAACCCUGCAAUGUAAAUAAUGCCUUACCUGUAGAACACGCCUCUCAUAAUGGGGUGGACUCUAAUCCCAAAUGAGAUAAUUUAUGGACUAUUUAUUGGACUAUUAUUAGAAGCAAAUUAAUUGAGCAAAUAAGCUUACUUAUUUUUUCAUGUAUCACUGAAAAGAAAAAGGGUUUAUCUGUCUUUGUUAAAAGUAGCUUCAAUAUCCAUGCAAACCUUUGUUAUUUUUUAUUAUUCUUCUGUCAUAUUUCUUUUUUUUCUCCCCUAAAGAUCCACAAUGUAUCUGUGGUCACUUUAUUGCUGUAGAGUGGCUGAAUUCUGAAGUUAGACAAGCUCUUUGCAGUAAAAGACCACAGUCUGAUUUCACUGGCCCUCAAGUAUUACGGAGAAAUGAUGCUAAUCCUUUGGAGGCUUUCAAACGUGACGGGGCUAGAAACCUGUUUUUCGCUCAACAACAAACAGAAGUUCCAGCCCUGACACCACACUAUUCCGUGGAAACCAGCUAUGCCCUGAACUAUUUACAAAAUCUUGAAAACAAGAGGCAGACUGGACAUCCUAUAUUACCUCCAUUCUGUGAAAAUCAGGAAGUAAAGAAUGUAUCAAGAUAUAAUGACGGCCAAUUGGAUGAUGUGGGAAUGAAUGAGAGAAUUUGGAAUAUGGAGCAAAUUCUGAAAUGUCUUUUUGGUAAGAAGGGGUUGCAAACAAACUCCUCUUUUUUUUAUUAGGUUAAACCUGUUGUUCUAAUAGGUCAAAAUAGAAUGGAAAAAAAGAAUAGCCACUUAACUAGUACUGCUCUAUCCCAUGCUGAAUGAUUGUGUUUGGACAGUAGUGUGCACAUUCCUUUAUCCCAAAAGUUCAUAGGAACUCUUCUCACACAUACAGGGAGUGCAGAAUUAUUAGGCAAGUUGUAUUUUUGAGGAUUAAUUUUAUUAUUGAACAACAACCAUGUUCUCAAUGAACCCAAAAAACUCAUUAAUAUCAAAGCUGAAUAUUUUUGGAAGUAGUUUUUAGUUUGUUUUUAGUUAUAGCUAUGUUAGGGGAUAUCUGUGUGUGCAGGUGACUAUUACUGUGCAUAAUUAUUAGGCAACUUAACAAAAAACAAAUAUAUACCCAUUUCAAUUAUUUAUUAUUACCAGUGAAACCAAUAUAACAUCUCAACAUUCACAAAUAUACAUUUCUGACAUUCAAAAACAAAACAAAAACAAAUCAGUGACCAAUAUAGCCACCUUUCUUUGCAAGGACACUCAAAAGCCUGCCAUCCAUGGAUUCUGUCAGUGUUUUGAUCUGUUCACCAUCAACAUUGCGUGCAGCAGCAACCACAGCCUCCCAGACACUGUUCAGAGAGGUGUACUGUUUUCCCUCCUUGUAAAUCUCACAUUUGAUGAUGGACCACAGGUUCUCAAUGGGGUUCAGAUCAGGUGAACAAGGAGGCCAUGUCAUUAGAUUUUCUUCUUUUAUACCCUUUCUUGCCAGCCACGCUGUGGAGUACUUGGACGCUUGUGAUGGAGCAUUGUCCUGCAUGAAAAUCAUGUUUUUCUUGAAGGAUGCAGACUUCUUCCUGUACCACUGCUUGAAGAAGGUGUCUUCCAGGAACUGGCAGUAGGACUGGGAGUUGAGCUUGACUCCAUCCUCAACCCGAAAAGGCCCCACAAGCUCAUCUUUGAUGAUACCAGCCCAAACCAGUACUCCACCUCCACCUUGCUGGGGUCUGAGUCGGACUGGAGCUCUCUGCCCUUUACCAAUCCAGCCACGGGCCCAUCCAUCUGGCCCAUCAAGACUCACUCUCAUUUCAUCAGUCCAUAAAACCUUAGAAAAAUCAGUCUUGAGAUAUUUCUUGGCCCAGUCUUGACGUUUCAGCUUGUGUGUCUUGUUCAGUGGUGGUCGUCUUUCAGCCUUUCUUACCUUGGCCAUGUCUCUGAGUAUUGCACACCUUGUGCUUUUGGGCACUCCAGUGAUGUUGCAGCUCUGAAAUAUGGCCAAACUGGUGGCAAGUGGCAUCGUGGCAGCUGCACGCUUGACUUUUCUCAGUUCAUGGGCAGUUAUUUUGCGCCUUGGUUUUUCCACACGCUUCUUGCGACCCUGUUGACUAUUUUGAAUGAAACGCUUGAUUGUUCGAUGAUCACGCUUCAGAAGCUUUGCAAUUUUAAGAGUGCUGCAUCCCUCUGCAAGAUAUCUCACUAUUUUUGACUUUUCUGAGCCUGUCAAGUCCUUCUUUGACCCAUUUUGCCAAAGGAAAGGAAGUUGCCUAAUAAUUAUGCACACCUGAUAUAGGGUGUUGAUGUCAUUAGACCACACCCCUUCUCAUUACAGAGAUGCACAUCACCUAAUAUGCUUAAUUGGUAGUAGGCUUUCGAGCCUAUACAGCUUGGAGUAAGACAACAUGCAUAAAGAGGAUGAUGUGGUCAAAAUACUCAUUUGCCUAAUAAUUCUGCACUCCCUGUAGUACUUCAGCAUGCUAAGGUGCUUUAUGUGUCCAGAACAUGUCACAGAUUAUAAAAGUGCCAAUUUUAAUAGAAAUCAAAACAUUUUAAUUGGGGCAGAAACACCUCCCUGGCUGUCAAUCAGAAAACCAGGAAAGCUUUCUUCCACUUCUAUUAACACUAUGGAGCUAAUGAAAGUGACAGGUGGUGCGCCUUACCGCUUCUGAAUGAUCUGAAUUACACUGAAAAGAUGCGAUCGCAUGCACAUGCGGCUCCAGUACAAAGACUAACUCAUCGUAAUGGAUCAAGUACUACUUGAGUAACACAUCUGAAUAGAUUGAAGGAACACUAUAGCAUUAUGAAUACAAAACUGUAUUCCUAACACUAUAGUUCCCCUCUCCCCUACACACACAUAUUAUUAUUUAUAAGGUGCCAACAAAUUCCAUAGUGAUGUACAAUGGGUGCACAUGAUUAUUUUUAAAGGGUUUAAAACCCCUAUAUUUUUUUUUCACUGUGACUGUGAUGUCACAUCAAUGUGGGAACCUAAUGUGCAUGCGCAGCAAGCCCCACAUGAACUUUAGCACUUCUGCAUAGUAAUGCAUUUAAUCAUUGCUUUCCUAUGGGGAUUUUCAAGACCCUGAACAUACGCAUGCAAGCCAUGCAGAUGUCCCACGUCCUUUCUGCAUGAGAAUGUGGCUCAAGUGACUGUUUGGAAGACUAGUUUCUCUGAAACUGCCAUGUUUUUACUUGCAGUGUUAAGGUGUCAGUGGCACUUCAAUAAGAUUAAAGGGUAUACUAUAGUGCUAUGAAGACAAAGUUGUAUUCCUAGCACUAAAGUACCUUCUGCCCACCUCUCCCCAGCACUGAAAAAAAACCUUUUGUGACUUACCUGGUUACUUUUGUCACUUGGCACUGCAACAUGCCCAGUGGCAUGGCAAGAUUCUAUGUCCACCUGUUGCUUCCCUGACAUUAAUCCACACAUACAAUGCAAUAGGUACACAGCCACCUGACUCCUUCCAACCCCAAUAAUUUUCCCUUAGGCCACUGUACCUCAAGUCCACAGACUACAUAAAAACAUUAUUAACCCAGUCUGAGUUGUCAGACUAAAUUGAUUGUAUUUAAAAGAUAGUUGCUCCAAAGAAUUGCUGUGAUGUUGAAUGGAUUAUGUGAAUAUGUGCAAUGUAUUCCGGGAUGUUAAAAGGUUCUCUUUAUAAACACAGAAGUAAUUCGAUUAGUGCUUUUGUAAAGAUGAAAUGUUAUUUUAUUACCAAUUUAGACAUUGAUUAAAGUACAAUAAAGGUAAAAAAACAGAUAGGCCAGGUCAGCUGGUAGCUGGUACUUAAUACCUAACUAGAACAUAUUUUGUACACCUGUAAUGUAGAGAUAUAGGACAUUUACUUUCGUAGAAGCAAUUGUUUGUUUUCAUUUCUAGAUUUAAAAGUAAAACGGCAAAUUAUUCUUACUUUCUUCCUCUGCUUCUUCCUUAGGUCACUGUUCAGGAAGAUGUUCUAAAUUCUUCCCCACCGGUGUAUGAACAAAUUAAAACCGUUGCAAGCAUUCAUCGUGGAAGAUAGUCCUCAGUGAUAAAGGCAGACUUCUGCUGUUUUAAGUUCAUGUUGCAUCUACAUUACAGUACAAAGAUAUAAAAGGUUACUUCAAGCACCAUGACCACUUCAGUGAUUUGAAGUGGUCACAGUGCCUUGAGUCUCUUUGUGCAGUGUUUUACUAUGAAAAUCUGCACAUAGGGAUGUUUAACCCCUUUGCUGCUGGAUGUGUAACUGCACCUCUAGCAGCAUCAUUAGCCAGCCCAGAACAAGUCUGUGGCUAAUGUUAGUUCGGUGCAUAUUUGACGUUGGCACACACUGCAUUAUAUGGAGUGGUGGAUGCAUUUUGUCCUUGGCAGAAAAACAUCUUUGUAGUGGCUUUUAAUUUUAAUUGUCUUUAUUCAUGUUGCACAGUACCAAUAUCUGUGUGUUUUGCAUGUAUAACUGCACAAUGUGACUCGUGUGUAUAUAUCAAGUUUCUGUCUAUUAUAGGUCUAGUGCAAACUUCAGGCACCUUGCCUUCAGAUGUAUUUUUUAAACCUCUUUUACACUGCUUUCCCCUAUGAAAGAACACGUUGUACCACACAGUAGGACAUUUCAAAACCUUUAAACCCAGAAAGUCUUAAAAAGAAUGAAGCCAUUUUGCUAUAUUAGACAACACAUUGCUAUAAUACAGAAAUGAUGAGUAGCAGUACCAAAUAUGUAAUGUAGGAAAUGUUAGUUGAUGAUUUCUUGAAACCAAAUGUGGUUUAUUUUUUAACUUAAUUUAGUACUGUCGACAUCAUUAAUUAUUCUAAAGAGCUCCACAAUUACUGCUUGUUAAUUCCAGUUUACAUAGUUUAAACUAGAAGUCAAUUCACCAAGUGCCAAAUGGCGUUCAUGUCUCCAAAUUUGGUUUUCUCAACCCAAGGUUGGCUAUGUGAAACCCAUUUGACCACUCACAAGAGGUAAGCUAUGUCAGCUGUGUUUACACUCAUGUUUGGCUGCCAUCAGUUGCUGCUGAUUUAUGUUAAAAUUAACCCACUCUUUCACCGUUAUUCACUAAAGUGAGAUUUGUCAGGAAAUUAAAGUGAAUUUCAAAUUUAGGAUAAUCAUGUGGAACUGGAACAAUUCUUCAGGUCAAAAUUCAUGUUGAAUUUCUGAAAAUUCUUAUUUUAGUGAAUAAUCCUGUUAAUGUUUGUUUAUUCAGGCAUCGACAGACCACUGAAUCGCUACUUAAUUGUAGUCUUUAUAGGUUUGGGGAGGAUUCACUAUAUCAGGGGAACUGGAUUUAACAAAUGGAGAGAAUUAAGUAGACUUAUGCACAAAUCAAAUGCUUGUUAAUCGCUGGCUGAACAAAUCGAUUUGUUCAGCAAAUCACAAAUUAAUUGAUUUGUCUAUUCAGCGAUUAACAGGCAUUUUAUUUGUUCAGUACAGCUGAACAGAAUUUGUGUACAAGUCUGCUUAAAGGAACACUCAAUGCACUGUAUUAACUUAUUUUAAUAUAAUUGUGAUAGUACCACGAUGCCCCAGGCACUUUCUUACCUGAAGGGGUUAAGCCAUUCUCAAACAGUUUGACUUCAAAGGUUGCUACCAGUACUGCAUUUCCAGUUUCCUCAGCGGCAUUCAGCUUCUGAAAUUGAGUUUUAGGGGCACCACUGAUUGGCUAGAGCAGUCAGCAGAUGUUCUAAGCUAAUCCGUAGUUCCCCCUCUAGCCUCUGCAUGGCAGUACUCCUCGCACCGUAGGCAACAUUUGGGUUAAAUCGUUGGAAAACGGUGUACUAACGCUCUUCAGAUAAGAAUGCUCCCAGGGGCAUCCUAACACCAUAACAAUUCUUUUCAAUGAAGUUGUUAUGGUGCACAGAGUAUUCCUUUAAUUUAAUUUAUUUGUUUGAUCUAGUUUCCCUGAUAUAGUGAGUCCUCCUCCAUCCUACAAGGAUACCUCAACCCUAACUCCUCUUUAAAACUCCCCUUAUCCCCAGCAGCACUUUUUUUUUUUCUUUUCUUAUUUUUCCUAAAUGAAAUUUGGCUGCCAUUCGGUUGUAAGUCAGCUAAAAUCUCACUGCAACAAUGAGAUCCGCAUGAAAAUAUCAGGGUAAAGUCAGCUCAAUGCAUUUUUAAUUUAGUUUAUAGUUCGAAAGGAACCAUCAGAGGAAUUUAACCUGCCAAAUUAAGCUGAAUGAAAGUUACACAUUAAUUACAGCCAAUUCCGUGUUCUAGAGUAGACACUAUAAUUGGUUCACGGUUUAGUGGAUAAGCACAUCUUUGUUUAAUUAUGAUAAGCUAUACAUAAUAAUUGUGUACUCCCCCACUGGCUUUUUAUGUAACCUUUUCCAUUGGUAUUGCCCUCUUGUCCCUUUUUACACCUUUACCAUACCAUUUUAUAUGCCUUUUAUUUAGUAUUUUGAUAAAUAUAUUGGGGCCUUUUCAUUGUGCCCAUGUUGUAUUUAAGUGAAUGUUGUUUCUUUUAUAUUUCUUAUGACUUAAAUUAUUGUUUUAAAUAAAGCGGUUUAAAUAAAGCAUUUAAAAUCAUACUUUGAAUUUUCAUUUAGAAUAAAUAAAUACAUUACAUGAUUCUAAUAAGUCAACAUAGUACACUCAUAUUUGAAUAUUUUAGGGUUUAGGGCAGCUCAAUGAAGUUCAUCUGUAUUGAAGCCAGAGGAGGAGAAAGAGGGACAUGGAGGACAAGCGGCAUCUGUAGCACUUUGGGGUUAAACCAUUCACAAACUGUUUAAAUGCAUUCAUGUUUUCAUUGGGGGUAUAUCUAAAAAUGGGUUGAAAAAGUUGCAGAAAUAUUUACAAGCCUGCUCCUUCUUCACCAGAUCAGACUUUCUGAGGUUAUUCUAUCACAGAUUUCCCAGUGUAACUCAAUGAGAAGUCUUUGCAAGGUUGGCACGCCGAGCAAUUGCCUGCUUUUUAAGUUUAGCUUCACAGAGCUGAACUACCAUGAAGUAAUAAGCCUUGUUACUAGGUUACAAAAGUGUCAAUUUCUAUUUCAAACUGCACUUUUUGUAAAAUGAAAACUAAAAAGAUGAUGUUCUCCUAACACAAAGCAUUUCAGAAAGCUAAAGUACUUUAGGGGUCUGGCGUUUUCUUUUAUGGUAAGAUGGCUUGCCAGAACCUCAAGGCAUCAUAAUAAAUUCAGUGACAUUAAGUUGUUAUGGUGCUUAGAGUGUUCCUUUAAACUCCAACAUCUAGUGACUAAAAUGUAAUGACAGAGCUGCUAUCAACAUUUCAUACACUUUAGAACAUUGGGUGACAAAGCUUCCAUGUUGGGUGAUCAGAAGGAUUUUUUUUCUGCCCUACUUUCUGUUUUUCAGACACAAUCGGAACAUCGCUAUCAGAAAAAAAGAAAAUACAGUGCAUCUAUUAUAGAUAGGCAGAGACACGGACAAAUCAACCGGCCACUAUUUUAGCAAGUGGAACCAUGUAAAAAGCCAACACAUCAGUCCCAGGAAAAAAAAUCCAGAAUAAAUAUAACAACAAUGACAUUAUAUGUGUAUAUAUAAGCUAGUAUGUUAAAAAUUUGAAGUGACAGUUGUCCUUUAAGUUAAAGUAGUUGAACUGGAAUCAGCGAAUUAGGAGAAUUUUUCCAUUUCAGCUAUUUAGGCCUUAAAUCUCAAGUCACUUUGAAUUCCUGACAAUUCUCACUGUAGUGAACAUCCCUGUCAUUAGUGAAGCUUAACAACAAUUGCCUAAAUAUGCAGUUUCCAUAUCAUAGCUCCACAAUUUAAAAAUUCUAUUUAGAUUUGUUAAGUGUGGAACCAGUUAGCAAUGUUUGUGAUAUAUUAGUAGCUGACCUGAAAGAAAAAAUUGAGUAAAGAGAAAUAUUUUUUUCCCAACUAGUUAUGUCUCAAAUAACCAAGUUUGCUUUGUAAUGACCAGACUCCAGAGGGGUUCCUUAACUAAUUAUAAAUCUGUUUUCUCUGUAGAAGAAAGAGGUUUCCAUAGUACUUUAACACAUUUGUCUAGAAUGAUGAUGUGUUCAAUAUAAAUUCAGUGUUUUAGCAUCCUUUCCUAAGGGCCACAUUGUGCUGCCUGAGGAAUAAGAUAGGCAGUUUAUGAUUGGAUGAUGGUCAUGUGUUAGACUGUUCUAGAAGAGCCAGUGUCUAUAUAAGGCUGCAGGAGCCACACCUUUGGAGAAGGCUAAGAACAUGGACAUUGAUAUGUUUGGUGUGAAGGAACAGCAGGAGGAAACCGAGAGCCAGGUAACUUCAUCUGUAGUUUAUGUCAGGGUAGUGGAUCUGCUGUGUGUUCUAUUCUAGAAUGUAGUGCUGAUUAGCAAAUUCAAUACUAAAGGACUCUAAACAUUAAUGGCAUUAUCUGCCUGUUUAGUCAGUAUUUCAAUAAGGAGUAAUACUACUUUUAACAUAAUUACUUAAUAUUUUGGUUUAAUUGCAGUUAACCCCAAGCAUUUUAAAAUUGCAAUAGAAAUAGAAAUACUCAUUGGUUUAUUUGUAUUACUUUAGUUUAUAGCUGAUACCCCGCACACCGCCCCCUAGUGUUCGCUAAUAGAAUGCAGCCCUUAUUUACUACGCCACUUACAUAACUCGUGCGCUGUACAGCAUGACCCAUUGCCAAUCCUGUUGACGUUUAUUAGAGAGCUCUCUGUAAAACGGUCAGGCUGUCUCGUUUAAUUUGGGGGGGGGGCUAAUGUAGUGGUUUUCUUUAAAUAAAGUAGAUGCUAGGUCAGUAUAUUUGGAAGAUGGUUAAAACCUCAAUUGGGUGUGGCAGGGAACAAGCUUUACUUCUACCUGUGUCUGAGCACUGUAAAGGUCUUUGAUCUGCAUAUUGUAUGUCUAGGGAACGUUCCAUUGCAUGUUGUGUAUUGGAUGCUAGGUGCUACAUUACACACAGCUUGUAAACAGGGUGACUGACCGCCUCAGUGCCAUGUCUCUACAUUAGGCUUUCAAGCAGAACAUAUGGCAACCAUUUUUACAUCCAGGUGCAGUAAGUGUUUGUGCUGACCUGGUAUUCACUAAAGAGCCUGUUAUUUAAAAUAUCUGACAUUUUAGGCAGCAGAACUGCAAAAAAAAUCAAAGUGAGCUGCUGGUGGGAGUGUUAAAGGGGAAGGCAAUGUACAUUACUUGUGUCUGUGGCAGUGAGACUGCAGGGGCAUGAUCUAUACACCAAAACCACUGCAUUUAGCUAAAGUUGUUUUGAUGCCUAGUCACUCUAAUUGCAGGCUUGGCUAAAUACUCCCUUUCCAAUAAGAUUUUGUCUUGCUUUCUUUGAGAUUGGGGAAAUGGACAAGCUAUCCAACAGUCAAUUUACAAUGUUAAGUCAGUGCUCAGAAGGGCAAGAAUUUUGAUUUAUUUUGUUCCUGCUGUUGUGUUAUGAAUUUUGAAACCAUAAAAAGACCAAGCCAUUUUACUUUAUCCAGUGUGUGAAGUCUCACGGUGUGUAAAAACACUGAUCCCAGGACAAGGUACGAAGGAAAGAAGUACUUUUGUGUCACACUUUUGAAUAAAACCUCAAAUACUCAUAUUUUUUGUUAAAGGGUUAUUCAUACACUUUUAACCAUGUGAUGACCUUAAAGAUUGAUCAGAGUCCGGACACAUGGCAUUUCAGGAAGUAAAGGUCUUCAUUCUCACCGAUCGGGUCUCAGCUGAUCUCCUAUUCAAAAGGUCUGAGCACAUGGAGUAGAUGCUUUUUAUAAGCUAUGCAUCCCCCAUCUGUACCCUUACACCAAUCAGCAAACAGGAUCACCUUAUAUGGACAGGCAACAUGCCCCUUUAAGAGAAUGGAAUGUGAUUUCAGGAAGCAAAGGUCUUUAUUACCAAUUGGGUCUCAGCUGAACUAAUGUUCAAAAGGUCUGAGCAAAUGGAGUAGAGGCUUUUUGUAAAAUAUGCCUCCCCCCAUCUGUACCCUUACACCAAUCAGCAAACAGGAUACACAGGAUUACCUUGUAUGGAGAGGCAAUAUGGAACUACAGAUGGAGAUUUUAGGCCUACUAAAUUUUGGGCCUAGAUGAAAUCCCAUCACAAUAUCACUAGUGGGAAAGAAUGGUCUAUGAAACCGAACACUUCAUGGCUAUGUAUAUUGGUUUGUUAUAGUCUGGUAUGGAGUUCAGACCAUUCAUCCAGGCAAUUCCAAACAUUUGGAUAUGAGACCGUUGGAUGGCUAAAGUCAAGAUUCACAACUGUAACCACCAGAGCACAUAAAAUACUUGCGGUGGCUGAAUUUGAAUAGAACAGUGUAAACAUAGUGCUCAUUUAGAACUACUUGUAUUUAUCCCAUACUGCACAAGAAGGCCGAUUGGCUAAUCAAAACAUCAGAUACCUAAGUGAACACCACUUAAGAUCUAUGCACCAGUAAAGACACUCCAGCUGUGUCUGCAGGGCUCAACACUAUAAUAUAUGAAUAGAAGGAAACAAAACAAAAUGAAGUCACUCAAACCACAACAAAGUGGGUGAGUGAAGGGUGGAUAGUAGCAAAGUAUCUUGUUUAAAUACCUGUUAAAUUUAGCCGGACCAGCACAAAAUGUACAUAUAGACACACGUCCCAAAACUAGAAACAAAAUAAAAAAAUGACUAGCCUUAUAAGGCUUCUCCACUAACUCCUGGGAGUAUAGGGUCAUCCAGUAAAUUGCUUAAACUAAUGGUAGCUUUAUUAGACUGCUUGUUUUAGCCCAGGAUUUGGCCCUGUCCCCAAUCUAGAUUAAUUUAAAUAUGCCAGGGUGAGAGUAAAUAACUUAUUAGUGGGGGUGUCAGAGACCAAUACACAAUAUCUAAAGAGUAAUAUACAGUCCUAACAAAGGUUAACCAGAAAGUUUUUGUAGGACAGGAAGAUAAAAAGCUAGCUAGUAGAGACAGAAUAAAGAGUGAGAAAAUAAAUCGGUGAAAAUACUGCAUGUCCGACAUCCCAAGGGUGAGGGUGUGAGUGUGUGCGCCCCCUUAUAUAGGGAGAGACUCACUUGUUAGUCUAAUUGCCCAGCCAUUCUGCAGUUAGGGCGUCGAUAGAUUGGCAUGCUAAGUUAGGAUGACUUAAUCAUCCCUUUCCAGACUGAAAUUUAACCCAAAAUGCAACCUGUGUAAAAAUUCCAUUUUAUUUUUUUCCGCAUCACAAACCUUGACAUAAAUUGGUGGAAAAAUGGUGACAAAUUAAGGCACAAUAUACACUGUAUAAGAUACCCUGGAGUGUCGGCUUUCUCAAAUGGAAGAUCUUUGUUGGGUUAUUUAAACAGUCAAACUGCUAUAGUUCCCCAAAAUGAGACAUGGGCCCAUCAAAUCAAUCUAUGAAAACUCUAACUAUAGAAACUGAAAUGGCAUUGUAGCUUAACGGAGUAGUGCCAAAGGCAUACAAUGGGGGUAUCGUACUCGCAGAUGUAGCUGAACACAGUAUGGAGUUCUGUGCAGGAAUAGCACACAGCAGCUUUACAAAAUACAUAUUACAAAAACCUUGUGUACAUGCCAAAAUAGAGAAACACAUAUUUUACUCCAAUAUUUAGCAGAGAUUGGUGAUGAAAUGGCUACGUAAAGUGUCAAAAUAACCUUGAGUCAAUAGUCUGUGAUGUCUAAUUUAUAUAAAUAUUUGUGGCAAUUUUGUUUUUUGAUUGCUACUGAACUUACAAGACAAACAUACCAACUUUUAAAAUUGUUUCACAUUGAAAUUUUAUUUUAGUCCUUGUAAUUUUUUUGGACCUGUAACACUUUCUAAAUAAGCUGAAAUCCUAUACAUAUCAUUAUGUACUCUAUAAAUACACAUAACUUUAAUUUAUUUUGAAAUACUUUUCCUAAGCUGGACCUAUUAUAAUGCACAUGCUAAUAUUGCCAAAACUGUGGGGUGGGAUGGGGGGGCGGGAGAGGGAGGGAAUGUGGCUUUUUUAUAAUUAAUGAGAACUUGUAUAUGUAACAUCAAAUUAUGGCUCUUUUGCCAUCUUAAAAACAAUAGCUAAUAUCUGUUGGUGCAAUAAAUGAGAUGCAAAUUGCAGUUGAACACAAACUGCAAGUUUAUGUUAAAGAUUCAGAAAAUGAUCCAGUGCAGACAAGGCAAAGCUGGGACAAUCAUUGCAAAUGAGGAGUUGGACUGAUAUUACAUAAUUUCUCGACUGUGUAUGCUUUCUGACUGCCAGGUUGUAAGGACUGGUUAACAGGGAGCAAAGAUGGAGGUGACCAUUGCAGGUUAAAGCUAUGAAUAUCUAAAUUUACUCUUAUUUUUCACUCUUCACAAAAGCAUAUUAAAUAUGGGGAUAAACCUAGUUUUCCCAAUAACUACUUGUGUUUUUAGAUUUUUUAUUUUUUUAAUAAUAAAAAAUAAGAUUCACAUAGAAAUCUUAUUUGGUGUGCUUACAGGUAUGGAUAAAUGGCAUAAAUGAUGCAAACAAAUUGUCCCUAAUGACAUGGGUAAAGGAGACUAAAACAAACCUAGUGCAAGUCAAUGGUCAGAGGAAAUAUGGUGGACCUCCUCCAGGUAAGGAUGCUUGACAAAGGUACAAGUUAAAAAUUGUUGCAUGUAAAGUGAAUGUCGCUCCCUGCUUAGAGCAUUGUUAAAGCCAAGCAAAAUUUAAAUGUUUUAACAUCAGCAGUUGUUUGCCCAGCCACACACAGUAGUGAAAGCUUUACGUGGGGUUCAAAUUUAACCAUGUAAUACUUCAUGACUUUGAAGACAUGACUUCAUUAAAAUUAUUGCAGUACCAUUUAUACCUACUUUUGGGCCACGUGGUAUAUACAGUAUGGGUUUUUAUUUUAUAUUUUUUCACUAUCAAUGUUGCAACAUUCCACUAUUCUUUUUAACUGCUUCACUGAUAUGUAACUAACGCUUUGGAUGUCUAUGUGUGUGUGUGUGUACCCUUAUAAUCUUUUCCGAAUAAUUUAAUUGAUUCAUCUGUACACCUACUUUUGGGCCACCUGUAUAGUUUGAGUGGCAUGUGUUGUGUGUGUUUUUUUUUUUUUAAGUUUUAAGUGUUUUGCAGUAAAACUGUUACUUUAAAUGCAUUUUACUCUGGUGUUCUAAUAUAUUCAAAGGGAUACUAUAGUGCCAAGAAUACAACACUACCUCCCACCCGGGUGAAUAAAGGGUUAACACUUAAUUUUCUAACAAUACCCCUUGGCGCUGAUCCUAAUGCGCAAGUGCGCUUUAGACCUUCCCGUAGGAAAGCACUGAAUCAUCCUGCAUCACCAAAUUUGGGUAAGAGGUGGGGAGUGUUGCAUGGUAAACCCCAAUUAAGUCAACCCAUUGUAAAACCGUUUUACUACUUACAUUAGGGGGCAAUCCUGACACCAUAAUUGCUACAGUGUGCUGUAUUGGUCAUGCACCUUAGAGGAUCACUAUAGGGUCAGGAACACAAACCUGUAUUCCUGACCCUAUAGGGUUAAAACCACCAUCUAGCCCCCUGGACCCCUCAUGGCUGCAUAAAUAUAGUAAAAAUCUUACUGUUUUCAAACCUGAAGCUGUAGAUCUGCAUGCUGUUAGACUCAGAAAAACAGUCUACUGACAUGUGCUUGCCUGAUCCAAUCACAAUGCUUCCCCAUAGGAUUGGUUGAGACUGACAAGGAGGCAGAUCAGGGGAAGAGCCAGCAUGAUCCAAACACAGCCCUGGCCAAUCAGCAUCUCCUCAUAUUGAUGAAUUGAAUCAAUGAAUCUCUGAGGAAAGUUCGGUGUCUGAAAGCAGAGGGAGGAGAUACUGAAUGUUUGGAUGCAUUUUAGGCAGCCAUGACCCAGGAAGGAUCUCUAACAGCCAUCUGAGGAGUGGCCAGUGAAGUUAUCCCUAGGCUGUAAUGUAAACACUGCAUUUUCUCUGAAAAGACAAUGUUUACUGCAAAAAGCCUGAAGGUAAUAAUUCUACUCACCAGAACAAAUUUGAUAAGCUGUAGUUGUUCUGGUGACUAUAGUGUCCCUUUAAGUGCUGCCUUGUAAAUGCUGUAGAGUUCCUGACUGCAAUGUCUUGCAGUUAACUGGUUGGUGACUAGAAGUUGGUUCUGCAGUGUGACUUACUUGCCAAAUGGCUAGAACAGGUUUGGAGCAUCAGAGUGCUUGUUUCCUACAAUAAUAUUUCAUAUAUUUGUCUUGGUCUGAAGACGUACUGAAAGGAUAGCUUAAAGGGCACAUAUCCUUGCUUUGAAGUUUCUUAUAAACUUUCUUUGCAUUUAUUGAUGUACAGGCCGAAGGAUAAAACUGGAACUAAUUCCAAGAAUAAAAAAAUUUCAGAUUGUAAGUGUUGCCUUACUACUGUAAGAAACUAUACACUUUACCCACUAUAAAUCUUGACUUAAUAUACAUACAUCUCUAAAAUACCAGGGAUUUCUUCAAACACUAUUGAACUAUGUAGAGAAGCUGGUGAAAGUCUGGAUUCUGCGGAGUAUGCCAGUUCUUUAGAUGACCUAGAAUUAUUUGUAAAAUGUUUUUCAAUUAUUUUAAACUUAGUGACAGCACAGAAUGCUCAAAAGCUAGUAAAUCCAUCCUUUUUUUUUUUUCUGCAUCUGAGGAAACCAGAGAAUUUUAUCACAUGACUGGAGGCUUCAUAUUUUGCAUAACUUUCUUUACUUUAUGCCUCCAGCAGCACAAGUCAAUCAAUAAACUUUAAACCAAUCAGUAACAGGUAUCACAUUCAUAUAUAAAGCCCUGACAGACACAUGACUUCCUCUUUCUUUGCUGCUUACCUUACUUUAUGCCUCCAGCAGCACAAGUCAAUCAAUCAGAAAGAAAAAGUAUUUAACCAAUCAGAGUCCAGCACCUCCUGUAUAUAAGUCUCUGACAGGCUUCCCAUUUCCUCUUUCUUUGUUGUAACCAUGCCGGAGGUAAAACUCUUUCGUAGGUGAUGAAAAAACUUGAACAGUAUAACUUGUCAACUUGUGGAAAUGCAGAGGAAAUCUAUGAUCCGACUUCCGUCUCAUGAAGUGAUGUUAAGCUGAAAGAAAUAGAAAGAAGUGAAAGGCGUGGGAAAACAACUGUUGUCCACAUAUCAACGUCUAAUCCUAAUCUUAAAACUAACAAAAUUAACGUUUAGUAUCUUUAAUCUAAAACUAACAAAAUUAACGUUUAAUACCUCUAACAGACCUAUAAUCCUUUGUACAUUGUGUGAAUCAACUCUGAUCUGUAAAAGCUGUGCUGGCUAUCUAACGACAUAUGGUCUAAGCGUCCCUUGCCUCAGUUUUUACCCAUAGCUAGAUGAAAGUGUAAGUGAAUCCAUCCAUGUUCAAUUAGAGAUGAGAGAAAAUAGUCCCAAGAGUAUAGGGAGGGAAAGAAAAAAGGGGGGGAAAAUACUCGCCUCCUGUCAUUAUUAAAAUUAAGAUUAUCUGUACACUACGCUAGCAUAAUCUACAAUUUUAUUACAUGACAGGAGGCUUCCUAUUUUGCAUUUUUAACGCUGGGGUAAAAACGCUAAGGACGCAUGCGAUGAUUGGCGAAAAUAAAACACCCUGAAGGUAUUUUCUUUGGUCCAAUCCGCCGUACGUAGAAUGUCCGCAAGGGAGGCACCCGCCGAGAAGGCCCCCUGAUGCCGCCGCCCCUCGAACCGAAUGGGCCCCAAAACUAGCAUCUACCCCGGCUAAGGACAAUAACCACCGUAUCCAUCUGGCUAACGUACUAGUGGUAACUGGUUUGUAUGGUCUGGUAUAUGAAAUUAACAGUUGUCCCGUUCCGGUAGCCCGAAGAGGCGCCGUAACCUCCACAUAACGGAGUAAGGUGGAGACGACACAAAGACGAGGACCCGCCGGGAAAAAAGGGUAGGACACGGAUUUGGAGUCCGUCUUAGUCCUUCGGGAUAUCAAAAACGUAACACCGGGGGUUAUAGUAAAUCCAUCCACGUCGAAAGCCCGAACAUCCGAUACACGACGGAAAGAGACUAAGCAUAACAACAAGGUAAGUUUGGCCGCUAAUUGUCUGAGUGAUAGGGCAGUGUUAUCCAGCCAGUUUUGAAUGAAUCGAAUGACCACAUCCCAUAAAUGGCGAUAUUUCGGAGCCGGUGGUCUAGCUAAUUUGAUGCCUCGUAAUAGCCGACAUACUAAGGCUUCCUGACCCACUGGGGUACCGUUAACUGGAACAUGCGCCGCCGAUAUAGCAGAGCGUGUAACGUUAAUGGACCGGUAUGAUUUCCCGUUGGAAAACAAAGUGGAGAGAAAAUUUAGUAUGGCCGAUACAGGUGCUGUAAAGGGAUCGAGGCCCCUUCCCAUACAUCCCAUGCCGCCAUGUAGCUACGCCUAGUCCCUGGUGCCCAAGAGUCCCAAAGGAGGUCCCUAGCCAUUUGCGAUAGGCCUGGGAUUGCCCAAGAUACCCUGAAAGCGUCCAAGCUACCAACUCUAGACGUUCUUGAAGUAUUAGAGGAUGAGGUUCCGCAUCCGGAUUCGUAAGAAGCAUGGGAAACAUCGGCAGGACCAGCGGAUGGUCGUGUGACAGAGCGAGUAAGUCGGGGAACCAUGCUUGGCUUCUCCAGAAGGGUGUGAUCAGGAUCAGAGAUGUCUUGGACGUGCGUAGUUUGUGUACUCUUGCCAACAUUGAGAAUGGUGGGAAAGCAUAUGCUCCUAUCGGGGGCCAGUGCUGUAGAAAGGCAUCCACUGCUUUGCUCUGAGGGUCUGGUAACCAGCUGUAGUACCUCGGUAGUUGUGUAUUCGUGCGUGAGGCAAAAAGGUCUGUGGAGUGGUCCCCUGAGCGAUCUCACUGUAUUGAAGAUCUCACCGUAUUGAAUUAUCCCUAAUACAGGCUUGCCUUUUCCUAUGUGUUUUACACCUAAUGUUGGGAGGUAUGGUUAAAGGGACACUUUAGGAAUUACAAUUUUAAUGAAUUGGUGAUGGUGCUUGUCGUUCUCUGGUGCGGUCUACCCAUUCAGUGUUAAGCUUUUUCCAGCAGUUUAAUAAGGGUCCCUCACCACACACUGUACAGCCCACUACUAGAUGUAUGGCUAAGGCAUAGUCUAAAAACAUCCUUUUUAGCCAUACCAACUCAUCCCACUAGACUUUUUUUAUACCUAUUUAAACUAGAUGAGGCCAGGCUCUAUAACCACAACUGGAUUAUAAUGGGGGGGGGUUAUCGCACCCAAGUAACAUGGUUGGUUCUCCUACAGCCUUCUGGGAGGAAGCGAGUUAAAGUAACUUUUACUUGCUCAUUUGGACCAUGGUUGCCAGUUGUACUCUGGGCAAAUCUUGUAGUAAAGAUGACUGGAAAAAAACUGUGGCCAGCCCUUUGUACAUCUGGCUGGAGAAUUCUGAGAAACGCUAAAUAUUGGCAUGGCUACAAAUUUUCUAUGUAGUUGUCGAUGUGUUCACUUUCUAUAAUAUCUAGCAGUAGACCGUUAUUCUUGUAGAAACACUGAGCAACAAACUGCAUCUCUACAUAUUCUUUGAUCAGUGCCCUUUAGUAUUUUUCAAGUUGGUUAAGCAAUUUUACUUGCAAAAAAGACCUGUCAUGCCCUCCUCUGUGCAGCUCACAAUGCUAGUCCACAUCAUGGCCCCAGGUGGUAAAUGCCUCUCAGUCCACUUUGCUCAGUUUUACUGUGCUGAUGUCCUAUUACGAUUUGUCUCUGGUAUUUGACCCAUUUUUGCCUCUUUAUUGCCUGUGAACCUGUUAUUCGUGACUUUGUCCUCUGCUAGUCCUGAGGAGACUUGAUUCUAGACUUACUAUUAAGGUUGCCACUCCUGAGGUUGGAGAAUGUUCUACAAAAGAGCAAUGGGUUUGUUAUAUUUGGCAAUGGUUCUGGAUAAACUUUGUCCCAUUAGAACUCUAAAUAUGUUCCAUGUAUGUAAAGAUAUGGAAAAUGGGGAUCUUGCACCUGUUCAAAAUAUUCUAAAUUUGGCUAUUGGCUACACAAAGUGCAGAUUUAAAACUAACCGUUCCUACGGUGUCCCUUUACUAGGCUUAAUGGGCCCGCUUAUGGCUUCCCCAGUGAGAUAAAGUGACCUAUAAUGUCACUUUUAUAUUUUUUAACCCCCUUAAGGACCAAACUUUUGGAAUAAAAGGGAAUCAUGACAUGUCAUGUCCUUAAGGGGUUAAACUUUUUUGUUUUUAAUCGAUGAGUGAGUACCUAACAGUCAGCCAAUUAGUGCCCAUUGGUGAUAUGAUUUGGUAUAGCUAGAAAGUGUAAUUGUUGCCUUAGAAAUACCCCCAGUGGGGACUGGGCUGUGAGUGGCCACGAACCCUAAUUUAGCCCUAUACCAGUUUCCACUAGCCAAUCUAUAAAGUAUUUUCAAAAGUUGUGGAUCCAAUUUAAAAUUAGGUGAUGAAAGAAGAAUGUAAUCUAGAAAAUGAGUUUUAGCCCACUUCUUGCCAAAUAAGAUCUGAUGCUACUGUUAACAUGUGUCAAUUGUUAUGGGAACUCAUAAUCUCUGAUGCAAAGUUUCCUCUAUUGAAGAAAUGUCUUGGCCAGAAAUUAAUCAGAAGGCAUGUCAUAGUAAAGUUUGAAUAACACAGAAAAUCAGCUUGUGGAGGACAUAUGAAUGGUUGCUACAACCAUCUUUUGGGGAAUACAGAGAGCAACCUCCUGAGAACCUGAGGUAGAUCUGAACAUGAAACUUAUCGAAGUCCUGUCCCUUGCUUGGUACAAAAUAGUCCUUUCUUGCAACUACGUUUUGCAAAUAGUCUGUCCUACUCUAAAAUUAGAAAUUAUGCGAUCAGAUGUGUCUGGUUUCCAUCUUCAACCAGAAGUCCUUUUGUUUCUAAGCUUGAACCAUGAGAAAUUGAUACAUAAUGCAACAAACUGCUCAGACUGCUAUUUGAGUUGUUCAUGCCUCACUCAUAGAACAUUAACCACAUCAUGGCCAGUCAGCAGAAUCUGAUAUGCUGACUAGCAAAGUGGUCUAUGCUGCAUUAUUCUGGAGAGUGGGUGUCUAGCCUUUUACGCUCUGCUUUUAGUAUUUAUGGCACGGUGUUAAGGACUUAUUCAUUAAACUUGGAAUUCCAAUAGAGUAGACAAGGGUGUUUGGCCUAUGGUUUUUGGAUUGUGAUAAAGUGGUGGCUUCACUAUACUAUUCAAUUUUUAUAAAUAUCCAUGUACUGUAACAGCUAGUGUAUUGGGGGUCUGCACAGGAGGUUACCAGACUAUCAAAUUAUUACAGUCCUGCAUUUUUCUUUAGCUUACAGAAGCACCUUUUUGCUCCAGCCUCUGCUCAAAACUGUUUAAAACUUAAGACCAAAGGAAGAAUAGUAUAUCUGCCUCAAAAUAGGGGAAAACAACUUGUGUUCCCACCGUUUGGUAACACUUUUUGUGUAAAAAGAAAGUUUUAUUUAUUUAUUUUUUUAGUGACUUAGUGGUAUGCACCUAAUUUUAAAAGCAAUGUUUAAUCUUAUUUUUUGCAUUGGCAGGUUGGAUUGGAGAUGCGCCAGGCAGUGGGUCAGAAGUCUUUAUUAGUAAAAUACCACAAGAGUGUUAUGAAAACCAAUUAAUCCCACUAUUUCAAAGCGUUGGAAAAUUGUAUGAGUUCCGCUUGAUGAUGACAUUUAGUGGCCUCAAUCGAGGCUUUGCAUAUGCCCGCUAUACAAGCAGGCGCCAUGCUUAUGCUGCAAUUGCUGCAUUAAAUGGCUAUGAAAUUACAAAUGGCUGUCGGAUCCUGGUCUGCCGAAGUACAGAGAAGUGCGAAAUCAUAUUAGAUGGUCUUCCAUGUAUGCUGGAAAAAUUAAUGUUGACGAGUGUCUUAAAAGAAUUGACCCCAGGAGUGGAAGAGGUAUUCCUGCAUCCAAGCCGCAAGAAGAGAGAUGAAGUAAUGGCUGUCGUGAAGUACUGUUCGCAUAGAGCAGCUGCUUUAGCAAAAAAGAGUUUGCGUGAAGGUAUUCUAUAAUUUUUUCCUGUGAGCUUGGUUCUUGCAAGAAACAUCCUGUAGUUUUCGUUAACUUGUGUGUAUUACUUACACAUUGAUCUCUUCCUUAUUAAAGGAACACUCAAAGCAAAGUAACAACUGUUGUAGUUGUGGUGACAGGCCAUUUUAAUGACUUGACAACUUAUCUUGAUGCCUGUCACUGCUGCCUCCUGGUGUCAAUAUGUUGGCUCCACUGAUUUGAGCCCUGAAGUGCAGGGCCAACUCAUUGGUCGAGAGAACUGACCCGGGACUCCGCAAGUGUGUGCAUGUGGACCGCACAGCGGGCUCUAACUCGAAGGCAGAGAUUCUCGCGGCAGUGGGUGGUCCCUUGGUAAGUUGUCAAAGCAUUCUUAAAGGGACACUAGUCACCUGAACAACUUUAGCUUAAUGAAGCAGUUUUGGUGUAUAGAACAUGCCCCUGCAGCCUCACUGCUCAAUCCUCUGCCAUUUAGGAGUUAAAUCCCUUUGUUUAUGAACCCUAGUCACACCUCCCUGCAUGUGACUUGCACAGCCUUCCAUAAACACUUCCUGUAAAGAGAGCCCUAUUUAGGCUUUCUUUAUUGCAAGUUCUGUUUAAUUAAGAUUUUCUUAUCCCCUGCUAUGUUAAUAGCUUGCUAGACCCUGCAAGAGCCUCCUGUAUGUGAUUAAAGUUCAAUUUAGAGAUUGAGAUACAAUUAUUUAAGGUAAAUUACAUCUGUUUGAAAGUAAAACCAGUUGUUUUUUUUCAUGCAGGCUCUGUCAAUCAUAGCCAGGGGAGGUGUGGCUAGGGCUGCAUAAACAGAAACAAAGUGAUUUAACUUCUAAAUGACAGUGAAUUGCAGGGGAAUGAUCUAUACAGUAAAACUGCUUUAUUUAGCUAAAGUAAUUUAGGUGACUAUAGUUUUCCAUUAAAUAGUUUUACUACUUCACUCUGGGAAGGUGCCAGGGCACUAAAGUCACUAUAAACACUAAAGCAGGUAGUGGCACUAAAACAAAUAUCAGUGUUCUGACACUAUUCUUCCUGUGGCAAAAACUAACUUCCAGCCCAGUCACACUUGGUACGGGUUACAUUCAGGACCUGUGGCAUGUACAAACUUUGAAACUAUUGUUUACUACACUAGCUAGAGUGCCAGAUGCUAAUUAUUGCAUAAUUCUGUGUAUCUACUGGAAAUUAUGCAGAUAAACUUAUUCAGCGACUUUUCCGAACUAGUGUGUACAUCAUUCAUAACAAUCUGGCUUAUGUCUUACUUUACUUGGACAUCCUUAAAGGCAUACUGUAGGCACCACAGCAACUCUCGCUUAAUGUAGGAGUUUGGGCAUUAGAUCCUGCAGUCUCAUUGCUUAAUUCUGUCAUUUAGAAGUAAAAUCACUUGUUUAUGCAGCCUUAGUCGCACCUCACUGGAUGUACUGUGCACAACCUUCCAAAAACUUCCUGUAAAGUGAUCUAAUGUUUAAACUUCCUCUAGUGUUUAACUUAAAUUCUUAGGUACUGCUGUUAAUAGCCUUCUAGGGCAUCCUGUGUGUGAUUACAUUCAAUUAAAAUCACUGUACAGAUUGAAAAUGAAACUAAUUUAUAUUAAAAAAUUUUUCCCCAUGGAGGAUGAGUCACAGCCAAGGGAGGUGUGACUAGUGUGGCAUAAAUUGAAUCAAGUGACUUAACUCCUAAAUGGCAGAGCAAUGAGCAGGGACAUGCUGUAUACAACAAAACUGCUUCAUCAAGCUAAAGCUGUUUUAUGCCAAUACUAUCCCAUUAAAUAUGACCUUAUUAAAUGUUGUUCAAAGCACUGUGACAACUUUAGUUAUUUGAAGUGGUUAUGAUGCAUGUAGUUUGAAUGUACACUGUUUCAGUAUGAAAUGCUGCACGUCCUCUUCUUUGGGAUACAUGUUGGAAAUUAGUCAAUAAAAACUCAACCUUAAAAAUAACUAUAAUAUUACUAAAAACCCUUUAGUUUAAAGUGUAAUCCAGACGUGGACCCCUUGCUCACGGUGCCUAGAGAGAUAUCAGCUAUGCCUCACUGACGAUGCCUAACAAGGCUGAAACGAUCGUCUGGGGUUGCUGUAUCUCUCGUGCAGAGAGAACUUGCUGGCAUUUCGGAUCUGGACUGCCCGUAUGGGUGGCACCAGUCUGAUAUGCUUCAGAUAUGUUCUCUCUGUAAUGGCACAAGUUGAGCUAAAACCAGCUUGAGUUCUGAGCGGGGACCCACCGAAGGGCAGGCUAUUUUAGCUGCUGUCCGUCCUCAGAAUACUCUUGCGACCCAUUUUUUGCUCUCGAUUACUAAAAACCAACCUUAUUUCUAGAAAUAUUCCAAAUGUAUCAGUAUAUUUCCAUAAGGAAUAAAAUUCUCCUCCUUAUACCCUUGGACAGGCUUAAGCAAAAGUAAAUACGAAAAAAUGUAACUUGAAAAACAGAAGUAAAUUCUGGAGGUUUGGAUAUGUCAUUCCCCUCUCUUGGCAUUAUAGGGAUAAUCAGCCUGUCUUGUUUGGUUCUUGUUUGUAGAUGUUGGUUAUGUGUGUUUGUCCAUAUAUGACUGCCUAUAUUUUUAUUAAUCUAAAAUCUGCAAAAUGUGAUUUAGAUGAGCCAUUGUUGUAGUAAUGUUUUUCUUUAUUCAACAUAUGAAAAUAUAGUAAGUACUGAGUAACUGCAUCUAUACUAAUGCUGCAUAUAGUCAUCAUUUUCUAUGUUUUAUAUACAAAUUUUUUUAAAUAAAGAUUAUAACAAAAAUGCUGCACAUCUGGAGUUUAAGUUUCUGCCAGUUGUGUAACGCCACAUCCAGCAGUGUCAUUAGCAAGCUUAAGAUAAGCGUUCUGGGGUGGCUAUUGUCAGUACUGUGCAAAUCUUAAUGCAUGGUAUCAGCUGACACUCGGCUAAUGAAUGGUGACUAGAUGUGGAAGUGAGUGACUUAGCAGAGCAGCAAGGAGCCUGGAGGACCCAGGUAAGAGGGCAAACCAUUGCUGGGAACUGGGCUAGGGUAAUCCUACCAACAUAACCUCUACAACACUGUUCUGUAGAUUCUACCCUGGUCUUCUUGAGAAACUUUCAUUAUGACUUAAUGAUCAUAUUAUAACCUUAUUCAUACUAUUGCAAGUUAAGGGGCCAAAGUGGUUUUCUCCAUUGAGUCUUAACAGGUUAUGCCAAGCAUCAUAAAUGACAGCCUGCUGUAGUUGUUUUGAUGCCAGGAAUACACUAGGCUGGCUCCGGUUUCUUACCGGAGUCCCUGUUGUGCUCAGAGGCCCCUCUCCGGAGUGAAACUUCUGCAGAAGAUGCUCCAGUUAGCAGUCAGCUGAUUGCACUCUGACAAAGAAUGGCACACUGCAUGAAACUGUGCACAGGAUUGACGUUGACCAGCUAGAACUCCUCAUUGACCUUGCUGGAGGUGGAAUUGCACUUCUAGCAGCAAAUCUGUUAUCCAUAUGUGCAGUGUUUCAUACAGAUUUCAGGCACAAAGAACACUUCAAAACACUGAAGUGGUCAUGAUGCUUGGUAUAACCAUUAACUUGGUUCUAUCCUUGACUUGAAUCACUCUUUAAGAAUGUAGUGGGUGCAUCUAAAUGGUUUGGAAAUAUUUUGGAUUUAGCAUAUUUUAUUUUUAUAUUUAACUUUUUUCUAAUUUGCAUUCCUCUCUAUAGGCUCGCAUCUUCUAUAUGGGCAACCACUCACUGUAGACUGGCUUAAGUCUGAAUUAAAGCAGAAGCUGGAAUCUACCAAACCUUCAAUCUUGCGUGACUGUCACCUCGUACAGCAGAUGUGUAACCUGGAUGGGAGGAAUAUUGGCACCCAAAUGGUCAGCGCUACUGAUUGUUUAGAUGCCCUGUGUCAAAGAUGGAAGCUUGGUCGACCACUGUUUAUGAUAAAGUUUUCAAGUAUGAGCCCAUGUGGCUGGCAGAGGUUUUGGUAUCGUGUAGUGAUACCAAACUACUCUACACCUUUUAGCGGCUAUGAGUGGGUUAUUGGAGAAAACCUUAUACCUACUGAAAAACACGAGAAGGCAAAAGAGGUGGUGGCAAAACAGAUCCUGACAAAGUUAGGUGGGUUUGUCUGUGUUUAAUGUGUCUGUAUUUGGAUGUCUGUAUGGGAGAAAUGACUUUGCGCAAACUGAUGUUAAAAGAUACAUUUUGUAAGUGCAUUCAUAUUGGAAGAUUGAUGGCAAAGUGCAGGUUUAUUUCUCAGCUGCAUUAGGCUCAGUAUGUGGUUGUGUGGGUUUUUUGUUUUUUUUCCAUUGUGUUGCAGAUUACUGUACUAAGUGGUCUUCUCUUUGCAGAUGCUGGUUUGUCAUCUUACCUUCUUACAAACCAACAAACUCUAGGCUUGAACCUUGGGCAUAGUCCAUGUUGGGUAAGUGACCUCUGCGCUUCCCCCUAUGUACCAGUUAAAGGAACACUAAACUCCCAAAAUAUUUAAGACUUUAAUGCUGCCCAUGACUGCAUAGACCUUCAUGCAGUAAAUGUACCAGCAGGAGUUAAAUACUUGAUGCUAACAAAAAGGAACCAAAAACAACUUGGGAAUUCGUUGUCCACAGGGACAAGAAUUAGUGGCAGAGCUCAGUGUGGACUUUAUGGAUUUUAAUGGGGAUACUUGUGGCUCCCCAUGUCAGCAUAGAGAACACUGA